CCUUACGUAUCGAUUGAAUAAACAGUGAGAAACUGAAAGACAUUGAAAUCUGUAUUACAUUUAAUUGCUAUUCAAACCACACUCUAAUCAACACGUGUUUGCUGUACACGAGAGCACCGGUAGCUCACGCGCGCGGGAAUGGCGUUACACUCGGCUAUUAAAGGCAAACUCAUAUCAGUGAUCGGCGAUGAGGACACGUGCGUCGGCUUCCUAUUGGGCGGCAUCGGAGAGAUGAACCGCCAGAAGUCGCCGCAAACCAACUUCUUGGUUGUCGACAAGAAUACGACAACCGCUGAGAUCGAGGACACCUUCCGGGCGUUCCUCAAGAGGGACGACAUCGACAUCAUUCUCAUCAACCAGAAUGUGGCCGAACUGAUCCGACACGCCAUCGACAGCCAUACGGCGCCCGUGCCCUCCAUUCUGGAGAUCCCAUCCAAGGAUCACCCGUACGACCCGAAUAAGGACUCCAUUCUUCGUCGCGCGAAGGGUUUGUUUGGCGCUGAAGACCUCCGAUAGGUUACCGCCGAUGACCACACCGUAUGUCGCGAGCAUUCCCAGCCGUUGGACACUAUAUAUGAUAUGAUCGUUGGAUUUGAUUGACGUUUCGAUUGGUUUUCAUUAUCUGUUUAUCACUUAAUGAAGACUUUUAGGUGUAUUUAAUAAUAAGUCGGAUAUUAUUUAGAGUUUUAAUUAAUUUGUUGUAAUUAUUAUACUCCAGAAAUGCUAUACAAAUGUAUAAUCAAUGUUUGAAUUCAUAUAUUAUAUUAUUUGGAAAUUAAA